UUGGCCGGUUAAUUUAUAUAUUGAAACACGAAAUAGAUCCCUUUUGAGUACUUGAGCUACGGACUCUCUUGCAAAAGGUCGGGUAAGCCACAGAUAUUCGCAAAUAUCCGAGGUACCGCGCGCUUGCACGCGAGAGAAAUCGCAGUUUGCAGAUCCUUUUAGUUUGAAGUGCAUCAUCGAUUACAUAUUCUGGGAAAUUUCUAAAAAUCACAUUCUUACUAAUAGAAAAUGCUUCUCGCGAUAUUUCUGUUAUAUCUGAGCGGAGUACCGUUCAUACAAUGCAAGCAGCUUCACGAAUAUAUGACGCCGGGUGAAGUGAUGUCUGUUUUUCACACUUUGCCUCAUCUUGUACCUAAGUACGAAGUAGUUCCCGUAUUACGUCGUUUGAAAAAGAAAUUGGGAGCGAAACACGAAGAUAAUACAUCCGAGAUAGAGUUGAAAGCAUUCAACGAAAGCGUUAGAUUGUACUUGAAUCCAACAGAAGGUAUUCUUGCCACCGAGGAUACACCUGUAUGGACUGUCACGUCUGAUUCGGAGGCACCCGAAGGAUUACUGUACAAGCAAGUACCCUCGGCUAUGAAAUAUAUGGGGAUACCACUUCAAGAUGUAUAUACCUCAAGCGCAGUUGUAUUGACACCCACUCCAGAUGGUCAAGUACAUUUGGAUGGAGUGUUGAACAAUUCACUCGUCAUAAAAUCUCUGCCGCCUCGAAUCCUGAAAGAAGUCGCCUAUGGAGGACAUAAUCUCUACGAGCCGCAUCAUAUGAAGAAUAUAACAAACGAUGACGGAUUCGCUCAUACGCAUCAUCAUGUGGUGUACAAAAUGUCUCCGUCGAAUCAAUACAAUGAUUUCAAGAUUACAGAUCCUAAAAAUCAUAGAGCGAAACGUAACGCUCCAGACGUCAUUUAUCCUGAAUUCAUAAUAGUGAUUGAUUACAGACUAUACAAUUUACUUGGUGGAAGUAUCGAGAAGGCUUUAAGAUAUUUGCUCUCAUUUUGGAAUGGAGUCGAUUUAAGAUAUCGUUUAUUAACAACGCCUAAAAUUCGACUUCAUAUUGCAGCAAUAAUUAUAGCCUUGGAUAAUGACGCAACUCCAUAUCUGGAAAAAAGUCAUUUCGAAGAAUCAUCCGUAGAUGCGGAUCUCGCUCUACGCGCCAUGGCAGAUUAUUUUUAUCGCGAAGACAGAUUCCCUACAGAUUUUUAUGACAUUGCGAUUACUUUGACGACAUUGGAUUUAUGCAAUAUGAUUACCGACGACUUCUGCGAUACGUCAACUUUGGGAUACGCGUACGUAGCUGGUGCAUGUGACAGAAACGCAACAAAACACUCAUCUGAAGCUGUAGGCAUUGUGGAAGACAAAGGUGGAUUUGAUGGCAUAAUCCCUACAGCUCACGAAAUUGGUCAUUUAAUAGGAGCACGUCACGAUGGUAAUCCUAAAGGCGCUGCAGAUUGUCCGCCUUUCGACGGCUUUAUCAUGACUAGUGGGCUUAUGUUGCACGAGAAUGGCUUCGAAUGGUCUUCGUGUAGCAUAAACGCAUUCCACGAUUUUAUCAACGAGGAUAGAGCCAAGUGUCUUUACAAUGAGCCUAUCUUGGGUAAACAGGUGCCGCGUACUUUGCCCGGGAAACUGAUGAGUUUAGAUGAACAAUGCAAGAGGGUUUUCGGAACAUUGGCAUGCAAUAAAGAUGCUACAGUUUGCACUCGCUUGGAAUGUGAAUUUCCUGGAUUUGAAGGCAGCGGCUUUUGCAAGGCAGUGGCUCCAGCAGCGGAAGGAUCUCCAUGCGGAGACGGUUUGUUCUGCUUAAAUGGCAAGUGUGUACUGGAAGGAAUGGUUAAGGAUCCAAAGAAGAAGUAUAUACCGAAAUUCAUUGUUCAAAAGAUCAAGGAAAUUCCAUGGAUUUCAAAUUUGCUGAAAAGAUUGAAGAAGAGACUGAAUAUUUUCAAAAAUUAAAUGUACAUGUUGUUAAGGACACUAUAUAUACUGAUAUAUUAUCACACUCCACAUUGCUGCUGUUUUAAUGAAGUGCCAUAUAAAAAAUACGAACAAAAAUUUAAUGUUCAAGAAUGUUACUAUAUUCUAUUCUGAUUGAAACUGUAUAUAAUAGUCUAUGCUUGUAAAUACAUAAGGAAUUAUGUACGCACACAUACACAUAAUAUACAUAA